GCUUGUUUGCUUGGUGUACAGCAGAGCAUUAUGUUGUUGAGAGCUUGCUUGCCUGGUGUGCAGAAGAGUAGUGCAUUUUGGAGCUUGUUUCUGUACAGCAGUAGAGUAUUACAUUGAUGCUGCGAGUUUGUUUCUGUACAGCAGAGUAUUACAUUGUUGCUGUGAGCUUGUUGGCUGACGUCACUUCGGGUUCCUGGAGCUUUUGCCUUGAAGUGAAGCUGAAUAAUAAACCUUGGUAAGAAUCUCCUUGAAUGUGCUGCACAGACACAGACACACACUGAGGAAGCGGCUCCGUUCCACCCUCUGCCUUUAUGUCCCUUCCCAGCGCUCCUGGGGAAGGAGGAACGGACACACACAGCAGAUUCCCCGUCCAUCACUUUCCCCAAAAAGUAGCCCUCAUCCUCUGCACUGGAAAGACCCGGGACCCCGUCAUCUCUGCGGAAUUGAAGGCCCAGUUUGCAGUGUGAACCAAGGAGGAAGCGGUAUACGAGGAACACAGUUCGCAGUACAGAAGGAUUAGGCAGAAGAAUCGUCAGUUCAGACAAAGGACAGUGAGAUUUAAAGAUAUGGGAGCUCCUGAUUCAAAGUAAUUCUGGGGUAUCAGUUCCCUGAAUUCAGCAUUGGAGCCAGAGAUAAGUAAAAUCAAGAGGUCCAAUAUUGAGAUAAAGCAAAGUUUGAAAACGGUGAUGCCAUAGAACUGACCACAUUCUUCACAAUAUGGAAUCUGCAGAGAGGUUAACAACAUCAACCCCAUCAUCAGCAACUUCGUCCUCGCCUUCAACUCCAUCUGUCGCUGUAGUUGUUUCUAAAGGAGGCCUUUCUGCUGGAGUUACACCUCUGAGCUCCACAAUCACUGCUUGUGGUAGGUCACAGAAACUUCUAGGACACUUGUUCAGAACAUCUGGAGAUCAGCCGUUUAAUCUGUCGAGUGCCUUUCCUAUGGUCAGCCACCCCAUUUUUGGCCUUCAUGCAGCCAGCUCAGGGCAUUCGGAAUUCGGUGGUUUGGGGACACUAGGUACACCCACCGCCUUAGCUGCACAUCCUCAACUUGCACCUUUUCCAGAAUGGUGGCGUGCGACCGACGCACACACUCGUGCUGCUUUUUUCCCUCCACUGCUUGGGAUUCCUCCUCUGUUCACUCCACCAACCCCAAACCAUGAUUCUUCUUUCCACCUGCGCAACUCUGUGAAGAAUGGCCGCGGCAUCGCAGAGAAAGGCAUGAAUGGAUCCCUGAAUGGAAGCAGCCCUACAUUAGUAACCAGUAACUGCACAUCCGUACUGUCAACUACAAGCACCAGCACUGUUGGGCAAACAAAGAGUGUGGCCUCUGGGGCAAAAGGGAGGCUUUCUAAGGAGGAGCAAAGCAAAGCAGAUGGCAGAAGUGAAAAAACUAAAGACAAGCAGAAGCAAAGAAAAAAAGCUGCUGAAAGCUCCAGCUCCAGUGAUUCUGGUUCAUCUUCUGAUACAUCAAGCGAUGGUGUUAGUAGCAGCGAUUCUGAUGAUUUGGAGGAGGAAGAAGACCAAAGCAUUGAAGAAAGUGAUGAUGAUGAUGAUGAUUCAGAUUCUGAGAGUGAAGCACAAACUAAAAAUAAGAAUAAGGUGCUAUUACAUAACCUGAAAACUGAUGGGAACAAACCCGAGAAGUCCCAGGAGAAGAGAACUCACCAGCAGAUACCUCUUAUUUCAGACUCCCAGACUCACGUACCAUUCCAGUCCCAGCAAAAACAUCCUCAGGUUUUGUCCCAGCAUCUUCCCUUUGCUUUCCCAAGCUCUCAGGCCAAGGAGGAGACUGUGAACAAACACACAAGUGUCAUUCAGUGUACAGGACUGAUCUCAAAUGUGAAGCCUUUGACUCUGCUAAAUCACUCCAACAAGGAUAACUGCUUAAAGCUUGGAACUCCUUCCACUGAUGGAGUUAAAGUAGGGACUAAAAAUACCUCUGAAGAAUCUGCACCUAGUGACUUGAGAAUAAAAAAAAAGGAUCAACACAAGGCAACAUUCCCAGCACAUGUAAGCAAGCCACAGGAGAGCUCCAAGCACCAGAAGAAGUCAUUUGCAGGUUUGCAAGUGUCUAAGUCUCCCUACAGUUCUUUAAGUCCCCAUAAAACAGAAAAUAACCAUUCAAAUCCAUUCUUGGCAAAUGCACUGCUAGGAAACAAUCACCCCAAUGGGGUCUUACCAAACAUUAUCCAAGAUGUUCCCCUUGCACUUACCACCAAAGCAAAGAGACAAGGUAAACUAAAUGACAGUUCUGCAUCUUCUCCUGGCUCCCAGUUUUCCUCUCCAAUAAAUCUGUGUUCUUCAGUGAGAAAGACUUCUUCCAGUCAGUCUUUACUUGGGCCCACCAACACUCCAGUUCUGCAAAGUAUCUGUAAAGAGAAACCCCCGGGCAAACCUAAUUCACCAGCAAUAAAGACUUCACAUCGUGUCAGUGCCGCUAAGUCAUUAUUAGAUAAAUUCAGAGGGGCGGACUCUGACAUUCCUAGCAGCAAGGAUUCUGAUGACUCUAAUGAGGAGGAGGAGGAAGAUGAUGAUGAGGACGAUGAAGAAGAGGAUGAAGAUGAUGAAGAAGAUGAUUCUGACAGUCAGUCAGAGUCAGACAGUAAUUCGGAAUCUGAUUCAGAUGGAUCAGAAGAAGAUGAUGAUAAGGAUCAAGAUGACUCAGACAGUGACACAGAAGGGGAAAAAACUCCAUCAAAACUUAACAAAACCGCUCCAUCCAUGAAUAGCACAAGCAAUAGUAUUACUGCGCACUCCACUCCCCUAAACCUGCAGGUUAUAAAGAACCCUGGAUCUGCUCCUGUCUCCCUGUGUCCUGAAGCUCAGACCCAAGAAUUUCUUGCCUCAUCUUCAACGCUUAGCCCAAGUACACCAUGUGGUUCUGGCAAAAGAAGAAAAGUAACUGAUGAACAUGAAUUGGGCAUUCCAUUAAAAUAUGGCUGGCAGAGAGAAACAAGAAUAAAGAACUUUAGCGGUCGUCUUCAAGGGGAAGUGAACUAUUAUGCUCCAUGUGGCAAGAAAUUCCGACAGUACCCAGAAGUAAUGAAGUAUCUCAGCAGAAAUGGAAUAAUGGAUAUCUCAAGGGACAAUUUCAGCUUCAGUGCAAAAAUAAGAGUGGGUGACUUCUAUGAAGCCAGAGAUGGACCACAGGGAAUGCAGUGGUAUCUUCUGAAAGAGGAAGAAAUAGUGCCACGGAUCCGGGCCAUGGAAGGACGUAGAGGCCGGCCUCCCAACCCAGACAAGAAGCUGGCUAGGGAGGAAUCAAGGAUGAGACGAAGGAAAGGGCGUCCACCUAAUGUAGGAAGUGCUGAUUUUGUUGUCAAUGAUGAUGCCAAGUUGUUAAGAAAACUGCAGGCACAAGAAAUCGCAAGACAAGCUGCACAAAUAAAGCUUCUCCGCAAGCUACAAAGGCAGGAACAGGCUCGAGCUGCCAAAGAAGCAAAGAAACAGCAGGCUAAAAUGGCUGCAGAGGAGAAGAGGAAGCAAAAGGAGCAAAUUAAGAUCCUGAAACAACAGGAAAAAAUUAAAAGAAUUGAGCAAGUAAGAAUGGAAAAAGAACUUCGUGCCCAACAAAUUCUUGAGGCUAAAAAGAAAAAGAAGGAAGAAGCAGCAAUUGCCAGAAUUAUGGAGGCCAAGAAACGAAUAAAGGCAAAGGAAAUGAGACGGCAGCAGGCAGUGCUACUGAAACACCAGGAGUUGGAGAGGCAUAGACUAGAUAUGGUAUGGGAACGAGAGAGGAGGAGGCAACAUGUUAUGCUACUGAAAGCUGUGGAAGCCAGAAAAAAAGCUGAAGAAAGGGAACGUUUAAAGCAAGAAAAACAGGAUGAGAAAAGGUUAAAUAAAGAACGUAAGCUUGAACAACGUAGGCUGGAGCUGGAGCUGGCAAAGGAGCUGAAGAAGCCAACUGAAGAUAUGUGUCUUGCAGACCAGAAGCCUUUUCCAGAACUGCCUCGAAUCCCUGGACUUGUUCUGUCUGGCAGCACAUUCUCCAAUUGCCUCAUGGUUGUACAGUUUCUCCGGAACUUUGGCAAAGUGUUGGAUUUCGAUAUGCACAAGGACAUUCCUACGCUAAGUGUUCUCCAAGAAGGCUUAUUGAAUAUGGGAGACAGCAUGGGAGAAGUGCAGGACUUACUUGUGCGGCUGCUAUCUGUUGCUGUUUGUGACCCAGGAGUCCCACCAGGAUAUAAGGCCAAAACAGCUCUUGGGGAACAUAUAUUGAAUAUUGGGAUUAACCGGGACAACGUUUCUGAGGUGCUUCAGAUCUUCAUGGAAGCUCACUGUGGACAGACGGACAUUACAGAAAGCCUCAAGACCAAAGCUUUUCAGGCGCACACUCCAGAACAGAAAUCCACAAUUCUUGCUUUCCUGGUUAAUGAGCUAGCAUGUAGUAAAAGUGUUGUCAGUGAAAUCGAUAAAAACAUUGACCACAUGUCAAAUCUAAGAAAAGAUAAAUGGAUGGUUGAAGGCAAACUUCGCAAGCUUAGAAUGAUCCAUGCUAAAAAGACAGGGAAAAAAGAAUCCACAGCUGGGAGUGAAGGCAGCGAGGAGCAGCAAUCUUUAGGAACACCUACUCAAGGGCGCAAGCGAAGGCGGAAGGGAGCAGACAGCGACUAUGAUGACGACGACGACGAUGAUGAUAGCGAUGAUCAAGCAGAAGAUGAAGAUGAGGAAGAUGAGGAAAAAAAGGGCAAAAAAGUGGAAACUUGUGAUGAUGAGGAUGAUGGAGAUCAGACAGCCACAGUGGAGGAAUUAGAAAAGCAGAUCGACAAAUUGCUUAAGCAACAAAAUCAAUACAGGAAGAAGCUGUUUGAGUCUUCCCAUUGUCUUCGGUCAAUGAUGUUUGGUCAGGAUCGUUACAGGAGAAGGUACUGGAUCCUUCCUCAGUGUGGUGGAAUGUUUGUGGAAGGCAUGCAAAGUGGUGAAGGUCCAGAAGAACUGGCAAAAGAAAGAGAGAGGCAAAAGGCAGCCGAAAAUAUCCAGAUAAAAGAAGAGAUGCUUGAAAGCUAUGAAGAGAAAGUAAACUGUUUGAAUUCUGGUAACAGGGACCAAAAGGAUAAAGACAGCACAAAUUUAUUCCUUCAAAAACCUGGUUCGUUCUCAAAGUUGAGCAAACUGCUGGAAGUGGCCAAAAUGUCCCCAGAAAUGGAUGUUUUAGCCCAUAAAGCAAGUGUUUCACCAAAUGUGGGUUCCUUACCAUACAAGAAUAACUGUAGAGCCACUCCCAAUAACCUGCAGCCAAGUACAUCCCAGGGCAAUACCGAGAAGCAGAAUUCAAGUUCUUUUACACCACCUUUAAGUGGAUCAGGAAAGUUUUCUAAUUCGCCAGUGAUUCCCAAUGAGCAGCUGCUAAAAACGCUCACGGACAAAAACAGGCAGUGGUUCAGUCUUCUUCCCAGGACACCAUGCGAUGACACGUCAUUGACUUACAUUGAAUCAUCACCAGCUGUUACCACCAUGGCACAAUGCAGGCUCCCAUCCCAGCCACCCUCACCUCUUCCAUCACCUGUCUCUAACCAGUCUCCUGUACAGACUACACUGGGGAUUAAUCCAUUCACAUUAUCUACACUUCAGAUGAAGCCUGGUUUGCAGCUAAUGGGACUGCAGUUUUGUGGUUGGCCGUCACCAGUCGUUCCAGCAAAUAUUCCUUUCUCAUCGCCAGUACCUGGUAUGGGAUUAACGGCAUCAGAAGGGAGUUCACAUUCUUUCCUGACACCUAACACCCAACCCAGUAAAAGUGAAUCACCUAUAGCCCAAAGUGAUAAAUCCAUCUGCACACCUCCAUCUACUGUGGAGGUCCCCAAGCAAGUAGAUUUUCAAACCCCAAGGCCGAUCCCAGAAGAAAUGCAGCUUGGCUGGUGGAGAGUAACCGAUCCAGAAGACCUGAAAUCCUUGCUUAAAGUUCUUCAUCUCAGAGGAAUACGAGAGAAAUCUCUGCAGAAGCAAAUACAGAAACACUUAGAAUAUAUCACCCAGACCUGCAUGAAAACUAAAGAUGUUACAAUCAUUGAAAUGAAUGGCCCUGAGGAAUGUCAGUUGACACAAGACAUUGUGGAGAACUGGUCUGUAGAAGAUCAGGAAAUGGAGGUAGACUUAUCCAUUCUACAGCAGAUUGAAGACCUUGAAAGAAGAGUGGCGUCUGCUAGCUUGCAAGUGAAGGGCUGGAUGUAUCCAGAGCCGGCCUCUGAAAGAGAAGACUUGGUAUAUUAUGAGCAUAAGUCAGUUUCUAAAAGUCAUAAGGAACAUGGUGGAGAGCACACAACAGAUGAAGGAGGCAGCUUCAAUGCUAUAGAGCGGAAAAGCGACAACCCUCUAGAUAUAGCAGUAACCAGGCUGACUGACUUGGAGAGGAACAUUGAGAGAAGGUAUCUGAAGAGCCCUUUAAGUACCACCAUUCAGAUCAAACUGGAUAAUGUGGGCACAGUCACUGUGCCUGCUCCUGCACCAUCUAUUAAUGGUGAUGGUGACGGAACAGAGGAUGACAUUGCCCCAGGGCUGAAAAUAUGGAGGAAAGCGAUUUCAGAGGCCCGGAGUGUGGCGCAAGUAUCACUGUGCAUCCAGCAACUGCAAAAAUCUAUUGCAUGGGAAAAGUCCAUCAUGAAAGUUUACUGCCAGAUCUGCCGUAAAGGAGAUAAUGAGGAACUGCUGCUUCUCUGUGAUGGCUGUGAUAAAGGCUGCCACACAUACUGUCAUAGACCUAAAAUCACCACCAUACCUGAGGGUGACUGGUUCUGCCCUGCUUGCAUUGCCAAGGCAAGUGGACACACCUUGAAAACGAAAAAAUCUAAUCUGAAAGGGAAGAAGAGUAUGGAGCUGAAGAAAGGCAAAAAGUCCCCAGGGGACACAGGAGAGGAGGAUUCUACAGUAACUGGAACCCCAGGGAAAAAAGGGAGCAAAGAUUCCAAAAAGAGGAAAGGGGAGGAAAACAACCUCAGCCCUUCCAAACAGGAGAGCUCCCCCUCUUCUAAGAAAGCAAGAUCAACAAAGGAUGAAUCAAAAGACCUAUCUCUGUGCAGUGUAAUCUUGUCAGACAUGGAGUCGCAUGAGGAUGCCUGGCCUUUCCUACUUCCCGUAAACUUAAAACUUGUUCCCGGCUAUAAAAAGGUCAUUAAGAAACCAAUGGAUUUUGCUACAAUAAGAGACAAGUUGAGCAAUGGACAGUACCCAAACUUUGAGGCUUUCGCUCUAGAUGUCAGACUUGUCUUCAACAACUGUGAAACAUUUAAUGAAGAUGACUCUGAAAUAGGCAGAGCCGGACACAAAAUGAGAGUUCAUUUUGAGAAACGAUGGACAGAACUUUUUAACAUGAGCUGAACCUUGUCAUGGGGAUCUUACAUUAGUGGAAAAUGUGACCAGCAAUGUGGGUGGAAGCGCAAGAGCUGUUUCAAUGUCUCCAACAAAGGGACAUUAUCAAAGAGCAGUGAUGCAUCUGAAGGUCUCAUUCCUAACAAAAUGAUAGCCCUUGAUUUCAUUGGUCUUUGUCUUUUAUCAACUACUGUUACACAGUACAGGGACGCACACCCAAAGAAUAUCCAAAAGAGGGGCGUCAUAGUGCAAUAGUUAUAAAAAUAUAUAAAAACGCACUGAAUUUUCAACCACCAGAGCUAUUCUGAGGAAAUGGUUCUCCAUUCCCUAUCAAUAAAUAAUCUAUUUCUUUUUUUUGUAAUUAGUUUUGUUUUUAUGUUAUAUUUUUAUUUUGUAGGUUAUUUUUAGCGAAUGUAUUUAAUUUUCUGAAUUAUUUAUAAUUAUACAGCAGACACAAUCUUCAUUUUCUGUGAAAAGGAAGAAUUAAAAAAAAAAAGAAUUGCUUUAAAUCUUGAAAAUACAACAAGAAUGUUAAAAGAAAAAAAAAAGGAAAAAAAAAAAAACCAAGCCAAGUAAAACUGUUUACACUGACGUGCUGCUGUGGCACCGAUGGAAAUUUACUGUAGAAUUACAAGUACGUUUAUAUUAUAUUAUGUUGCUGCACCACUCGUAUAGUUAUGUUGUAUUUCAAGAUGGUGAAGACAAACUGAGAAAUAUGUAAAUACUGUUUAUUAUUGUUUAUAUUAAGUCUUGUUUAAAUAUGUAUGAUGUGUACAAAUUGUCUGCAGAUGUUAACUGAUGUCUGCCUUAGAAGGAUUGUAGUUAUUGAAUUUAGUUUGCAGGUUGAUUAAUCUAUAGCUUGUACAGUAUCCUCUACCAACACUGUGGAGUCUCCCCUGAUAUUGGUAGUGCCUGCCUUUCGAACAGGGUGUAGGGGAUAUUAAGUUGUUUUUUUUUAAUUUUAUUUCUAUUUUUUCUCCUUAUUUUCUAUUUUGUUAUAUGAUUUCAAGCCAACUAGGCCUACAGACAAAAAUAUAAUCAUUUGUAUCCAUGUGAGAUAAACUUGUGACAAUUUCCUACACACAGUAUUUUUUCAUAGAUGCAUUUCCUUUCACUUGCCUGGGCCACGGGAGUAAUAAAUACAAUAAAAGGCAUUUCUAACCACUGUGUUUUAUCUGCUGUGUGGUGGACCUGUCAGAGGCAAAACAAACAGACUUUUCUUUUCUACCAAUUGUACUUGAAGUUGUUUUAUUUAAAAUGAAAAAAAAAAAUGUUGUGAACAGGAUAGUUUUUCCCACUAGUAUGUGUGGCACGGAUACAAUAAAGGACAGUUUUGCAAUAUG